AUGAUUAACUUGUGGUUUUCAGUCACAGAAGAUUUGAUCAGACGGAGGGCUGAGCACAACAACUGUGAGAUUUUUUCUCUGGAAGAAAUCUCUCUUCAUCAACAGGAUAUUGAGAAAAUAGAACAUAUAGAUAAGUGGUGCAGAGAUUUAAAAAUUCUUUACCUACAAAACAAUGUUAUUCCAAAAAUAGAAAAUGUUAGCAAACUGAAAAAGCUGGAAUACUUAAACUUGGCCUUAAACAACAUUGAAAAAGUUGAAAAUUUGGAAGGCUGUGAGUCACUGCAGAAGUUGGACCUAACGGUUAAUUUUGUAGGGGAGCUGUCCAGUAUCAGAAGUCUUAAAAACAACAUAUACCUAAGAGAACUCUACUUGAUCGGAAACCCAUGUGCCGAGUUUGAAGGCUAUCGGCAAUAUGUAGUGGCCACUCUCCCGCAGCUUAAAUGGUUGGACGGCAAAGAGAUAGAGCGCUCAGAAAGGAUUCAGGCUCUGCAGGAUUAUCAACAAGUACAGCUGCAAAUGAAAGAACAAGAAGACGCUUACCUAGCAAAAAGGGCCAAAGAAAAAAGAGAGGCACAGAAAAACCUAACAAAAAAACAAGCGCAACACAAAACUUCACAAGAGAAAAGGCCUGGAUUUGACAGACGUUGGUACACCGACAUAAAUAAUACAAUACCAGACUUGGAGGAAAACAAAGAAAAUUGUGAACGUGUAAAGGAAAAAGAUGAAGAAGAGGUGAAAGAACAUGGAGAAGAGGAGGAUAAAGCGUUUUGGAGUCAGCCCUCAUUAUACACUCCUGAAAGUAGAUUAGAAACUCAUCGAUACAUUGAAGAGAAGCGCAGAUCUGAAGAGGGCAAAAGUGAAGAAAAAAAGAAAGUGAAACCUCCCAGGACUUUGAUCACAGCUGAAGGACGUGUUUUGAACGUUAAUGAAUCUAAACUCGAUUUCUCUUUGGUUGAUGAUGAAGAAAACAAUCAGUUUAUUCUGGACCUGGCUAUAUUUAGGCAUUUGGACACUUCGCUAAUUGAGGUUGAUGUUCAACCAACUUACGUAAAAAUUGUGGUCAAAGGCAAGACAUUUCAGCUUGUGCUUCCUGCAGAAGUUAAACCGGACAACAGCACGGCUAAACGAUCACAGACCACUGGCCAUUUGGUCAUCAAUAUGCCAAAGGCUACGGAACUAAUCAAGACCAAAAUUAAGACCCUGUCAGAAGUGAAGAAGAAAAAUUCCAACGAGCUGCAAAAAAGAUCAAAAACAACCGAGACAUUGGAAGUGGAUCCAAGAGCUUAUUCAUGUCCAGAUGUGGCAAAUAUUGUUCAGGAAAAGAAGAAAACUGCGCAAGGACCACUUCAGCUACACACCAGCAAGUUAAAGGAAACAGAAAACAAUGAAGACUUAACAGAUGACUCCGAAGUUCCGCCUCUUGUGUGA